AUUACGAACUCGGUAGGAAGUUGGUUAGGAGUGAGUCACAGAAUAGCAAGAGUAACACGCCUCCGCGCGUCUUAUUUCACGGAACUUCAGACGAGUCGGGAGAAGAAAGGAGUAAUAUCCGAGUGAUUCCAUGAAAACCAAAACCGUUUUAUCUCACGACAGAGAGAGAAAUGUGGAGUUUCGUCUAGUGACUGGCUAGAAGGACAGGAAAAGGAAAAGUCUCACACACAGUGCUGAUGUUUUGGCUGUUUUUAUGAAUAGCUCAGCAUAAAGUAUCUUUAAUAAUGAUGAUAAUGAUGAUGAUGAAGACCAUGUUGCUGCUGAUCUCAGUACUCCUAACUCAGACUCUUCAGUCCCAAGGCAGACUGGCCAGCCAAGAUGAGACAAUGGCGCCCGUCUGGGCUCAACCUGAAAAGAUGAGGAAGCUCUAUAAUGUUCCUGCCAGCAAAACUGUCAAGUUUCGUUGCCAGGCCAAUGGAAACCCUACACCGACACUCAAGUGGCUCAAAAAUGGCAAAGAGUUUAAGAAAGACCAGCGACCAGGAGGCUACAAGGUUCAAAAUCACAUGUGGACCAUCAUAAUGGAGUCUGUGGUACCAGCGGACAAAGGCAACUACACCUGCCUGGUGGAAAACAGAUACGGCAGCAUCAAUCACACCUACCAGCUGGACGUAAUCGAGUAUUCACUAAACAGGCCGAUUCUUCAGGAUGGGUUACCUGCUAACCGUACAGUAGUGGUGGGGAGUGACGUGGAGUUUGUAUGUAAAGUCUUUAGCGAUCUUCAGCCUCACAUCCAGUGGCUGAAGCACAUCGAGGUCAACGGCAGUAGAGGUGGCCCUGAUGGACUGCCAUAUGUUAGACUCUUGAAGACGGCAGGCGUCAACACCACGGAUAAGGAGAUGGAGGUACUGCAGAUCAGGAAUGUGUCUUUAGAGGAUGCUGGAGAGUACACCUGCUUGGCUGGGAACUCUGUCGGCUACGCUCAUCAUUCUGCAUGGUUGACUGUCUAUGAAGCUUCAUCCUCCAGUCCAGCUCCAGCAGUCCUACGCUUCGACACCACAGUUAAGGAGAUGGAGGUACUGCAUAUCAGUAAUGUGUCUUUAGAGGAUGCUGGAGAGUACACCUGCCUGGUUGGGAACUCUGCCGGCAUCGCUCAUAGAUCUGCAUGGUUGACCGUCUAUGAAGGAAAAAGAAAGUCAUAUAUGUCUGGGGCGAUGUGA